UUUCAACUGCAAAGCAGAAGCCCAGCUUGAGGGAUCUAGGAUUCUCGUUUCCUUAUCUUUUUCGAUUGCCUGUCAACUGUCAUCCUCUUCUCUUAGCCUGUGCCCAAAAGCAGAGAAGAGCAUGGCUACCACACUCAGCCUUCUAAAAUCACCUGUCCUUCCCAGAAACCCUCCAUUUAUACACUCAAAACUCCCAUCUCUCCCCAGACAACCAAAAUUGGAUGUCUGCAAGAAGCACUCCACUAACCCACAAAAGCUCCUCUUAGAAACCAUCCACCGUAUACCUUCGUCAUCUCUUCCCCUUACCGCAUUCACAUUUCCCCUCUUUUUAGAUGCCAAGGAUGCACUUGCUGUUGGUGGGGAGUUUGGGAUAUUGGAGGGAAGGACAUUUGCACUCAUCCACCCAAUUGUGAUGGGGUUUUUAUUCUUCUACACCUUGUGGGGUGGGUAUUUGGGUUGGCAAUGGAGGCGAGUCAGGACCAUACAGAAUGAGAUCAAUGAGCUGAAGAAGCAAGUCAAACCUACCCCUGUUACACCUGAAGGGACACCUGUGGAAGCAGCACCGUCUCCUGUUGAAAUCAAAAUUCAGCAACUCACUGAGGAGAGGAAGGAGUUGAUAAAAGGGUCAUACAGGGACAGGCACUUCAAUGUAGGAUCAAUACUGCUAGGAUUUGGAGUUUUUGAAUCUAUUGGUGGAGGAGUCAACACAUGGUUUAGGACAGGAAAGCUAUUCCCUGGUCCCCACUUGUUUGGUGGAGCAGGCAUUACAGUUCUAUGGGCAGCAGCUGCAGCUCUAGUGCCUGCAAUGCAGAAAGGCAAUGAGACGGCAAGGAAUCUUCACAUUGCCUUGAACACAUUAAAUGUUCUGCUUUUUAUAUGGCAAAUCCCUACUGGAAUUGACAUUGUUUUCAAAGUGUUUGAAUUCACUAAAUGGCCUUGAAUUGCAAGCACUAGUCCAAGUGUGAGCUCCCAGACAAGUCAGGUAGUAUUUUCUUUGCGAAAUUAGGUUGUUUGUAUGAUAAUCAACGCCAAUUUUUGAAGUCUUCAACUUCCCUAUAAUUAGUUCAUAGCCUUGUGUCGAAAAUUAAAUAUAUUACAUAGAUAUUGUAUCUCUUCAGUUCCUAAGGGAAAGCGUAUACAUGAUGUUAACAUACAUAUAUGUCUACCAACUUAUUUUGUGCUCUUCUCAAAUAAAUUCUGUCCAUUGAAGUUA